UAAGGCCAUCAGCUCUUCAAGUGCCAACUACCACCACCGUCCUCCGUUCCCCACCUUAACUUCAUCAAGGCUACACUCAUUCUCAUUUUUUUCUGAAAAAAUCCUACUGGGUUACUCCUGAGAUUCUCUGAACAACUCCAGAUUUAUCAGAUCUUCUCUCAAGAAGAGCCAUUGAAGCACUAGAAAGCUGAACAGCUCCUUCUUGGAACAAGAAUCCAUCAAAUUUUUUUUCUUUUUAGACAAAACAAUCCUAGGCUGAUAGAAGAUUGUCAAAUCAUGGCUAUGGAAUUUGAGCAACAACUGGCACAAGAUUUGAAAUCCAUCCCCGCUUCAAAAAUAGCAGACUCCGAGAAGGCAUCUGCCUGCUUUGAUUGUAGCAUCUGCUUAGAAUCAGCGAACGAUCCAGUUGUUACCUUCUGUGGGCACCUCUACUGUUGGCCCUGCAUUUAUAAGUGGCUAGAGUUGCAGAUGUCUUCUCUUACUCAAGAUGAGUGCACAUACUGCCCAAUUUGCAAGGCCGAAAUUUCCCAAGAAUCCCUUGUGCCCCUUUAUGGCCGUGGCCGAAGCCUCUCUGAACCUGUGUCUGACGACAAAGUGACCUCUUCAAGUAAGGUCAUGGCAAUACCUCCUAGACCAAACGCAUCUGCUAGACAAGCUCAGGCGACUUCCGCCAAUCUUCGCCAACAGCUGCCAUCUAACAGUCCUUCCCUGAAUCUACAAACUGAUCCGACAGCCCCGAGUGAGAGUGAGGAUUCCAGUUCACCUGCAUUAACGGUCCCACUGGCGGUUUGUCAUCCUAUGAAUGGAAACUAUGGAGAGAUGAUAUAUGCUAGGGCAUUUGGUAACUGGGAGAGCUUUUAUACAUUUCCCAAUUCAUACCAUACAGAGGGAAGUGCCAGCCCCAGGGUGAGAAGGCAGGAGAUACAAGCUCACAAAUCCUUAAACAGAAUAUCAGUUUUUCUCUUCUGUUGGAUUCUAUUGUGCCUUUUUGUAUUCUAGUCUUGUGCUUUAGCAUCGAUGACGAAAAUGUUUAGCUUAGGUAUCCCUCCUCCCCUGACCUCUUUGUACAAAUGGAUCUCAGAGGCAUGUCAAUAACCUUCGAUUGUUACGACAUGGUAUGUAAUAUAUGAUGAUCUGUGGUAAUACCCACAAUUUUUGCCAA